AUGAGUAACCCAAAAAGAUCAAUACAGUUACCUCCCUUCAAUGUAGUCUUCUCGGAGUUUCGGUCAGAUGCCCUGCCUAUCCUCAAGCAUAAGCCGAGUUAUCAGUACUUCACGCCCUUGGAUGUAUUGGCUUCUGUUGGUUCAAACAUACAAUUACUCCACAAGUACCCUGAAGUAGACUCAACCUUAAGUGAGGUACAAGAAAUUGUAAUUGACAGCUCUGAGAGCGAUCAGACUGAAACUGGCACUGAAAUAAAUCACAACUGUGAAGAAACUAUAUUGUCUUAUAUAUUUAAACUCAUUUUCAAAUUAGAGCUCCUUGUUCAAACUCUCACUCAGUGGAAGGAACAAUUGGGUGCAAAUUCUCAAGUGCAACCAAUUUGGAACCAAGAAAAUAGUCUUGAUGUUUCAAUUAUAAAUGGUGCAGUUUCGAACGAAAAUUUCUGUUCCUCAAAACUGGGAAGUCAAACAACUGCAAGUUUGCUGAAUAUCUAUAGCGAAUUGAGUAAUUUGAAUAAACAGAUUCAUACGUUGAUCAAAGAAAACAUUCAAUUACUGUUGGUUGAAGAAAUAGCCGGAUUAUCAUCUUCUGCAGCCGAGAACGAAAAAAAAUGUAAGCAUUGUCUCUGCAGCAAUACCCCCGAGUGGAGAAAGGGUCCAGACGGUACGAGGACAUUAUGCAACGCUUGUGGACUUUUCUUCUCCAAGUUGUAUAAGAAGUUUGGGAUACAGCGGGCAAUAGAGAUUAUGAACGAGAGAAAAUCAAAUGGUGAUUAUCUAGAUCGUAAAAUCCCAUCUUAA